AUGUACCAGGCGCUGUUUCAGACAAAUCAGGCCUCCCACAAGCAGCCAGUGAAACCCCAACUAACACCUUUAAACUCAGUUACUGCAUUACUGGCUAGGGGCCAAGGUAGCUCUGAAUGGGAUGCAAUGAUGUUAGAGCUGGAGUUCAGGUACUCCAAGGAGAAAUUUCGCAGGAGGUAUCAGCCUUUAGCUGGCCAGGAGCACACACAGAGGAGUGCUUUCACUCCACCCCACGUGGUCAGCAACCCUCGCCAGCACUGCUGUUCCUCCAAAGUGGCUCCUGCUGUGGUGGACCAGCCCCGUAUUCCCACAACAGUUGUGGCCAAACCUCUCAGCCAGCCCGGCCAGGGACCAGCCUCACCCACCAGUGUACCUGCAGCACCAAAACAGGAGGACAUGUGCAGCCCACACACAGGAGCUUCGGUUGCUCUUUCACUUCCCCCUUCCUCAAGAGCACUGGGUGACAAAGUUGUGGAGAAGCGCCUGCAGGAGGCCCAGUUGUACAAGGAGGAAGGGAACCGAUGUAACCAGGAAGGGAAGUGCCGAGAUGCUGUGCGUGGGUACCAUCAAGCUCUGCAGCAGCUGCGGGGUCUGGAUCCAAGUCUGCCCUCCCCGAUACCUAAUCUGGGACCUCAGGGCCCGGCGCUCACACCUGAACAGGAAAACGUACUGCACACCACCCAGACAGACUGCUACAACAACCUAGCUGCCUGUCUUCUUCAGAUGGAGCCAGUAAACUAUGAACGGGUGAAAGAAUACAGUCAGAAGGUCCUGGAACGACAGCCUGAUAAUGCCAAGGCCCUGUAUCGGGCUGGGGUGGCCUCUUUCCACCUGCAGGACUAUGACCAGGCUCGGCACUACCUCAUGGCUGCUGUCAACAGGCAGCCAAAAGACGCCAGUGUCCGGCGGUACCUUCAGCUAAUGCAGUGAGAACUCAGCAGCUACCAUAGGAAAGAGAAGCAGCUCUACCUGGGCAUGAUUGCUUAA